AUGUUCCGCUUCUGUUCUUCUUCUUCUUGGAGCUCAGCCGCUCUUCUCACAUGGUAUCAGAGCUGCUUGAAUAGCCAAGAAAGAUGCAUUCUUGAGAGCGGGGAGAUAAUUUGUUUAAAGUAUAAGGUUGCAAUCAAGGGAAGUAGAGACACCCGAAGGUGCGAAGAUGAGGGUAUGUGGGCAAAGAACCGUGGAGACAUUGUGAAUGGCCAAUCUGCAAUCCAGUCUCUACUCAAGCUCCUCAACUCUCAAUUUGCUCUCAAUCAACUUGGACAAAUCUCUCUAUUCCUCGGAAUUCAAGUUCUUCGAAACACCUCCGGCUACUUCCUUACGCAACAACACUAUGCCAAGAAAAUUCUACACGAUGCCGGCUUCGAUGACUCCAAACCCGCGCCAACACCCGUCACUGCAAAAUCCAAACACAAAUACAACAAUCUUCAGCCAUUUCAAGACCCUACUCUCUACCGUCGCCUUGCGGGAUCCCUCCAAUACCUGUCUAUACUGCGGCCGGACAUUGCCUUUGCCACCAACCUUGUCUUUCAACGUAUGCAUCAUCCCACCGAGCAAGAUUUUCAAGCUUUAAAACAAUUACUACGCUAUGUCAAAGGCAUGUCGUUCUAUGGUCUACCAAUCAUGGUUGGUGACCUGAAUCUCACUACCUACACGAAUGGGGACUGGGCUUCAGACACUAUAGACUGCACAUCUAUAUCUGGGUUUUGCAUAUUUUUGGGCCCCAAUCUCAUCUCCUGGUAUGUCAAGAAGCAGAUAACGGUUGCAAAAUCUUCAACAAAAGUUGAAUACCGAUCCUUGUCUGCAGCCACCUCGGAUGUCAUAUGGCUUCACCGCUUAGUUGCUAAACUUCAUCUUGAACAAAAGUCUCCAACCGUCAUACAUUGUGACAACAUCUCGGCCCUUGCAAUUGCGAAGAAUCCGGUCUUUCAUGCAAGAACUAAACACAUCGAGAUAGACUAUCAGUUCAUCAGACAACACAUUGCCAAUGACGACAUAUCUCUCACAUACAUUCCUUCAAAGGAUCAAAUUGCAGAUAUUCUAACAAAACCAUUUACCACUGCUCGUUUCAACGCGCGACCUUCGUAA